GAAAGAAGCAUACCUAUAAACUAGGCUAAAAUGGCGAAACUAUGCGAAGUAGCUAACCUUACAAUUGACAAUGCAGCAGAAGAUCUUAACAGCGUCAGUCAAGAAAUAUGGAAGCGACCAGAGUUGAAUUUUGAGGAGUUCCAUGCGCAUGACUUACUGACAGACUGGCUCCAGAAAAAUGGCUUCACAGUUGAAAGACAAUACAAAGGUAUCAAGACGGCCUUCCGUGCAACGUACGGUCCUGAAAACGGGAAACCGCACGUGGCAGUACUCUGUGAGUAUGACGCUCUGCCGGAGAUAGGACAUGGAUGUGGGCACAAUCUGAUUGCCGAGGUGGGCGUGGCUGCUGGACUUGGGGUCAAAGCUGCAAUGACCACCGCAGGAAAUAACAUUGGAUUGCUCACCGUACUUGGUACUCCAGCUGAAGAGGGAGGUGGCGGAAAAGUGGAACUGAUCAACCGUGGGGCUCUGGACGGGGUGGAUAUUGCUAUCAUGAGUCACCCCAGCGGAUUUGACAUCAAGCAAUAUAAAACGCUGGCUAUAGUACAAUUGUACAUUACUUAUUACGGCAAGGCCAGCCAUGCUUCCGCUUUUCCAUGGGAAGGGCUUAACGCCCUUGACGCGGCGGUUCUCGGCUACCAGAAUCUGGCCUGUCUCAGACAGCAACUCAAACCAGAUUGGAAAAUGCACGGUGUCAUCUUAAACGGAGGUGCCAAGCCUAACAUCAUACCCGAGGAGACUAAGCUGGAGUUCUACCUGCGGGCGCCCACUGCAGCCGAACUCCUGCAGCUGGUGGACAAAGCUACGGCAUGCUUUGAGGCGGCUGCACAGGCGACUGGCUGCACGGUGAAAAUCGACUUUGAAAACCAUCCUUUCCUUGAGAUGGUACAUAACGCCACGUUGACGGAGCUGUACGUAAAGCAUGCUGAGGGUUUCGGCCUUGAUCUCGUACGCUGUGAAACGUUGAAAAAGUCGAGCGGCUCUACGGACAUGGGAAAUGUUUCUUACGUGGUGCCAAGUAUUCACCCGUUGUUUUCUAUUGAGGACGGCACGGCCAACCAUACGAGGGCGUUCACCAGGGCAGCAGGUGAUAUCGCUGCUCAAAAACGAACUCUAACGGAAGCUAAGAUCCUCGCUGGCAUUGCGCUUGACGUCAUGCAGAGCCCGGAUGUGCUGUCGGCUGUGAAGCGGGACUUCCAGAAAGACGUUGAGAAUCGAGAUAUCAACGCCGCGAAAGAGUUGCUUAAAAAAUGCUCCGUGUCCCAGUGAAAAAAAAAAACGACAACGGAUUUAUUUACAAACUCGGUUGCAUGUGUGCAUGAGGAUUGUGGUGAAAUGCCAGUUUGCUCAAUAUCAGUUUGUGGCUGUACAACAGUGAAGCGAAACAGCUUAUAUAUCUCUAAUGAAGCAAUUAGACGAAUUACACGUCAGUGCUGAAGCAGGAUUUUCGAAAAUUUAAAAUAAUGAUCAUCGUAUCGUGACAUGAAAAGCUCUCGACAAGAGUUGUUUCGCCUAUGCUAUAUAACACGAGAUUAUUUGUCAUUAUUCACACCUGAAGAGUUUCAUUAACUGCGCAAUAGUUGAUGUCGAUAUAAUUUUUUAAUUGAACAUGGACGUCUGUAAUGCAGUCACUGUUUAAAGAUACUCUCCAUAUACCUCUGU